GUGGGUGUGGGGGACACAACCUUUAAAUUAUUGAGUCGAAAGGACACGAGAAAAGGCAAAACCCACAAAGCAAACAAGAAAAUAAAAGCACAACUCAGCUCUACCUCUACCUCUACCUUACCACUCACCAGUCACCCAACGCCAACCCAUCCAAUAUCUCUUUCUCUGCUCCACUCUCCGGUCUCUUCUCCACCCAACCUUAUUGGGAUUCCGCUUCAAUCCGGAGGAUCACUCUCUGGGGUCUGGGCUCACUGCUCAGAUCGAGCAAAGGGCAAUCAAACAGGACAUUAGUGCUUGAGACCAUCGAAAAGCCGGAGAUUGUUAUAGAGAAAGAGUUACUUGGGUUCCUAUUGAAGAUGCCGAGGCCAGGCCCAAGACCUUAUGAGUGCGUCAGGAGGGCUUGGCACAGCGAUAGGCACCAACCCAUGAGAGGAUCUCUCAUUCAAGAGAUAUUCAGGGUCGCCAGUGAGAUCCAUAGCCCUGCUACUAAGAGAAACAAGGAAUGGCAGGAGAAGCUACCUAUAGUUGUCUUGAGAGCAGAGGAAAUCAUGUACUCUAAGGCCAAUUCUGAGGCGGAGUAUAUGGAUCUCAACACGCUCUGGGACCGGGUGAAUGAUGCCAUUAACACGAUCAUCCGAAGAGACGAGGGCACUGAGACUGGAGACUAUCUGCAGCCUUGUAUCGAAGCCGCCCUUAACCUGGGUUGCAUUCCGAGAAGAGCAUCGCGGAGCCAACGGCACAGUAACCCGAGGUCUUACCUGAACCCCAGCGCGCAAGAUCAACCCACCUCUGCCAACCCCCGAGUUGCAGACAAAACGACCCAUGAAGGGUCACUGCCUUUCCAAUCGGGCAACCGAACCAACAGUCCACAGUUAAUCCCCCGCUACUCCACCUUCACAAGACCCAUAACCAUGAAUUCAAGUGGCUUACGCUCGAAAUCUAAUAGUCCUGUCACCCCGGACAGUAACCCAACCUCCACCCAUGAAUUCCCCCUUUCUUCUGAGAAAUUCCCUCCAACUGGCCUUAACCAACAACCCUUUCCAAUUCCUGCUUCUCCCUCAUCAAAUUUAGGUCGUGUUUGCCCACUGUAUUAUGGCACUCCUCUUCAGAGUAGGGAGCCCCAAUUAAGCUUCCAGGUCCAAGUUCCCCAAAAAUCAGACCAUGAAAUGGUUGUUGGUAUACCUUGCGUUCAGUCCUCUAUGGAGCCUGCUCCAAUGCCUUUGUUGGAGUACCCCUUUUCUUGUGAGGCCGGUGUAAAUGCUUCAGACAGAACUACUCAAUCAGUGUUCAAGGACAAAUAUGAGAAGAAAUCACCUCAGAUUGAGUGUGAUCUAUACUUGCGGCUAGGUCCACCGGCUUCUGAUAGGAGAGUAGAAAAUGAAUGGCCUCAUCAGGUUGAAGAUGUUGGUUCCAGUAGUUCACGAGAAGGGAGCAAGUCCAAUGAUCAAUCUCCACGACUGGGUAAAGAAUUUUGUUUCCUUCCCAGGGAUAAUCCUGAUGAUCCCUUGGAGUCCUGCUCAAGUAAAUUGGGUUUUGAGGGUGAAGGUUCGAAUGCAGAAGCUUUCGAUAGGAAGCGAAAGACUUCUAUUAGUAACUGUGCUGGGGAUGGUAACAUUCGCAAGCAACCAAAAUUUCCAUCCAGCCAGUUUUUUGAUAGACUAAAGAAGCCAGGCUUGUAGGAAAUAUUUUCCUGUAGUUCGUAUUUGUUCAAAUUUUGAUGAGGCUCUCAAUCAAUUUCUUUUUGAUGUGGCCCGGUAAAUUUGCAUUGGGGCCUUUUUUCAAUCUUAUUCUAUGUCCCAGUGUCGAGUAUGAGCAACAGGGAAGGAAUGUGAAAGUGUAAAUAGAGAUUCUGAGUUUGAACACUCAGUUGCUGACUAAUUACAUAACAAACUUUUGAAUUAACCAUUUA